AUGUCACAUCCCUUGCAACUGAAAAUGAAAAUUGGUCCUGGUCCACUCGACUCGAUUAAAAAACUCAAAUUAAAAUUAAGUUUACCAGGCGACAAUUGGCAAACAUAUAAUAUAAUUGGGAGGAACAAAGUGAUAAUGGACUUGUCAAAAGCCGAAUUAGACACAAUUUGUGCAUUUGGUUAUACAAAAGCUCUAAAAACUGUCGACAUUUCAAAUUGUGAAUUACAGACAUUUCCAACCCAGUCAUUUGACAUAAGUGUAAAUAAAUUGACAGAAUUAAGCCAGGCCACGUCAAAUGUGCUUUCUCUCAAAAUUAGCAAAAAUUAUUCAAUGGACUUGAACGGACUUUUAUUUUAUCAAAAAAUACUCGUUUUGGACAUCAGUGGAAUACAUAUUUCUGAAAAUAUAAACAAAUUGAAAUUUUUAAAGCAACUACGUGAACUUUACAUGAGAAAUUGUUGUAUAAAUUCAUUGGAAUUUGUAGCAGAAAUAUCUAUACAUUUAUUAGUUCUUGAUUGUAGUGAGAAUUUAAUUGAGAAGCUUCCAUUUCAGCUUGCAAACCUUUCAAAUCUUCAAAUAUUGAAUCUCAAUAAAAACAAAAUCGAAAAUUGUGCAGUUCAAUUGCCAGAAUCUCUAAUAGAAUUACAUUUAAACUCAAAUAGAAUUACAAAUCCCCCAAUUUUGACAUCCACUCUUGAAAAAGUGGAUUUGAGCAAAAACAAGAUUUUUUGCUUAAAUACAUGCAUUAAAAAAACAUCUAAUUUGAAGGUUUUAAAUAUAAGUGAAAAUAAAUUGACAGAGUUGCCAGACAAGAUUGGCUUUUUAAAAUUUUUAAAGGAAUUAUAUUUUGAUGAUAAUCCGAUUUCCUGGCCUUCUGAAAAUGUGCUGUUUUGCAAAGAUAUUAAAAAAAUUAAAAAAUAUCUGACCACAUUUAAACUUAAAAAUUAA